AUGAUCAUCCCAAUUUAUACUCCCACAAAGAGUCUAAGAGAGGUCUUGCAGAUGCUGCUGCCCACUCAGACCUUCCUGUGCCCAGCCAUGGUCAACCCCAUGAUUUUUGACAUUGCUGCUGACAGCGAAACUUUGGGCCAUGUCUCCUUCGAACAGUUUGCAGACAAAGUUCCAAAGACAGCAGAAAACUUCCAUGCUCUGAGCACUGGGGAGAAAGGAUUUGGUUAUAAAGACUCCUGCUUUCACAGAAUUAUUCCGGGACUUAUGUGCCAGGUUGGUGACUUCACACGCCACAAUGGCACAGGCGGCAAGUCCGUCUACAGGGAGAAAUUUGAUGAUGAGAAUUUUGUCCUGAAGCACACAGGUCCUGUCAUCUUGUCCACGGCAAAUGCCGGACCCAACACAAACGGUUCCCAGUUUUUCAUCUGCACUGCCAAGACCAAGUGGCUGGAUGGCAAGCAUGUGGUCUUCUGCUGGGUGAAAGACCACAUGGAUGUUGCUGUGACAGCCAUGGAGCACUAUGGGUCCCAGAAUGGCAAAACCAGCAAGAAGAUCACCAUUACUGACGGUGGGCAACUGUAAUACAUUUGACUUGUGUUUUAUCUGAACCACCAGACCAUUCGUUCUGUAGCUCAGGAGAGCACCCCUUCAACCCUAUCUGUUUAGAAUGUUCUAUAAUCUUCAUGCUCUUGCAGCAGUUCAUUGGAUUCCAUGUUUUUCCGACCCCUUCCAAGUCUAGCUGGUUUGCAGAGUUAAGUUUAUGAUUAUGAAGUAAAAACUAAACAAAAAAA